CUCCUGUACAGACAGUGACAUGGAUGAUCAGCCUGGACUGAGAUUUACAAACACAGCGAGCAGAAAGUUUCACAGCGGCUCAUAACCGACUUCAUCAGCGCAUUUCAUCUGUUUUAUUUUGGGGAAAGCUGUUUUUUUCUGAAGUGAUGAGAAUGUUGGGCAUGUACGUGCCGGACAGAUUCGUGCUGAAGUCCUCUCAAGUCCAGGACGGGAUGGGACUGUACACAACCAGAACAGUCAAGAAGGGUGAGAAGUUUGGUCCGUUCGCCGGUGAGAAGCGGAUGCUGGGUGAUUUGGAUGAAAGCAUGGACCCGCGGCUGAUGUGGGAGGUUCGAGGGAAUAAAGGCGAUGUGCUGUAUAUCUUGGAUGCUAGUAACCCUCGUCAUGCUAACUGGCUUCGCUUCGUCCAUCAGGCCCCUUCACAGGAGCAGAAGAACCUGGCCGCAAUUCAGGAUGGAGAGAAUAUCUUCUAUCUGGCGGUUGAUGACAUCGAGACGGACACAGAGCUGCUGAUUGGUUACCUGGACAGUGAUAUGGAGGAGGAAGAGGAAGAUCUGGAGGAAGAGCAGGACAUCAAAGAUGAAGACGAGAAUAGUAAAGACAGCAAACACCUCAGCGCAGACACAGAGCUGAUGAUCAAGAAGGAGGAUUACCCAUGCCUGCUCUGCGAGAGCAGCUUCCCCAGUGAAGACGUGUUAGCAGAGCAUCUCCAGAGCCUCCACAACAGAGGAAGUGCUGAAGACAAAGAGUUUAAGUGUCGCUCCUGUGGAAAAGAGUUUCCUGUCAGACAAGCCCUGCAGCGGCAUCUCCUUCACUGUACAGAGAGCUCUUCUUCAUCAGGAGACCCUUCUAAAGCUUAUCAGUGUGUCCUGUGUCACGGCUCCUUCUGCUCACAGUCCAGUUUCCUGCAGCAUAAAGAGGUGUGUAAAGGAGACGAACGGUUCGUCUGUAAGGCUGAGAGCUGCGGGAAGAGAUUCAAGAGUAAAGACGCACUCAAGAAACACAAAGGGAACAUCCAUAUAGGUGGUGCUCGCAGAAAGUUGGUGUGCACCAUCUGCAAUAAGAAGUGCUCAUCCUCGCUCAACCUGCAGGAGCACCGCAAGGUUCAUGAGGUAUUUGACUGUGACGCCUGUGAUAAAAAGUUCAUCUCCACCAAUCAGCUGAAGAGACACAUGAUCACACACUCAGAGAAGCGUCCGUACACCUGUGAGAUCUGCAGCCGCAGCUUUAAGCGUCUGGAUCAGGCCACGGCUCAUAAGAUCAUCCACAGCGAGGACAAACCGUACAAGUGUAAGCUCUGCUGGAAAGAGUUCGCCCAUCGCAAUGUCUACAAGAACCAUAAAAAGACUCAUUCAGAGGAGAGGCCUUUCCAGUGUGAGGAGUGUAAGGCUCUGUUUCGUACCCCGUUCUCUUUACAGCGCCACCUCCUCAUUCAUAACAAUGAGAGGACGUUUAAGUGUGACCAUUGUGACGCCACUUUCAAGCGUAAAGACACACUCAACGUGCACAUUCAAGUGGUUCACGACGGACACAAGAAGUACAAGUGUGACCUGUGUGAGAAGGCCUUCGUCACGCCGUCAGUGCUCAAGAGCCACAAAAAGACCCAUACAGGAGAGAAGGAGAAGAUCUGUCCGUACUGCGGCCAGAAGUUUGCCAGCAACGGCACUUUGAGAGUUCACAUCCGCAGCCACACGGGUGAGCGGCCGUAUCAGUGUCCCUACUGUGACAAAGCCUUCAGCAAGAACGAUGGGCUAAAAAUGCACAUUCGUACACACACUCGGGAAAAGCCGUAUAAAUGCAGCGAGUGCAACAAGGCCUUCAGUCAGAAGCGCGGGCUGGAUGAACACAUGCGCACACACACCGGAGAGAAGCCCUUCCAGUGCGAUGUGUGUGACCUGUCCUUCAGUUUAAAGAAGAUGUUGAUCAGACACAAACUCACCCAUAAUCCCAACAGACCGAUGGCUGAAUGCUCCCUGUGCCACAAGAAGUUCACCCGCAACGACUACCUCAAAGUGCACAUGGAGAACGUCCACGGAGAGACCGAGGGAUAAACUACAAUACACUACACAUGCUCACUUACGGGAUAGUUCACCCAAAAAUGACUUUUUUUUUCUCCAGUAGAACAUUAACGAAGAUUUUGCAAAUAAAUCCGUGGCGCUUGUUGAUUUAUAAUGGCAGUGAAUGGUGGCAGGUAACACAUACAAACGAGUUCAAAUCAAGUAACACAUACAAACGAGUCCAAAUCAAUAGCCAUGGCUCCUGAUGACUUGUCUUUGAAGCCAAACAAUCGCUUAAUGUAAGAAAUUGAACAUUAUUUACAAUAUUAUCAGCUUUAAUCUAGAGCAGGCAUGUCCACGCUCGGUCCUGGAGGGCCGGUGUCCUGCAAAGUUUAGUUCCAACCCCAAUCAGACACACCUGGGCUAGCUAAUCAAGCACUUAUUAGGCUUUCUAGAAACAUCCGUGCAGGUGUGUUGAGGCAAGUUGGAGCUAAAAUCUGCAGGACACCGGCCCUCCAGGACCGAGUUUGAACACCCCUGAUCUAGAGUGAAUGUAGUCCGGUUGUAGUCUGGUUGCUUUAAUUACAAGCACGCCAAGAACUGUUUGAGCAGGCUGUAGAUUAAAGCUAAUAUUAUUGUAAAUAAUGUUCAGUUUCUUACAUGGAGCAUUGGUUUCGCUUCACAAGAGCUCAGUGUGUCAUCAGAAGCCAUGGCUAUUGAUUUGGACUCCUCUGUAUGUGUUUAUUUUUAAUCUAAUAAACCUGUCUCCAUUUACAGCCAUUAUAUCAAUGACCAAGAACCACAAAUUCUCAACUCAAAAUCUUCUUUAAUGUUCUACUGAAGACAAAAAGUCACCAAAUCUUGGAUGACUUGUGGGUAAAUUAAUAGGAUACUUUCAUUUCUGGGUGAACCAUCCCUUUAAGCCAGGGGUGUCCUAACUCGGUCCUGGAGGGCCGGUGUCCUGCAGAUUUUAGCUCCAACUUGCCUCAACACACCUGCACGGAUGUUUCUAGAAAGCCUAGUAAGUGCUUGAUUAGCUAGCCCAGGUGUGUCUGAUUGGGGUUGGAACUAAACUUUGCAGGACACCGGCCCUCCAGGACCGAGCUUGGACAUGCCUGCUUUAAGCCAUAUACAGUACUUGCUUUCAGACAUAGGAUGCCUACAUCAAGAAUCACCAGAGUUAAGGUACCUCCAGUGGAAUUCGUGAAUCCGCAGAUCUGCUCAGCUUCAUUAAACACCAUUAAAUCAGAUUCAACGUUCAAUCAUAUUUAAAUCAAAGCAUGAAAACGUGCAAUUAUGCAGAACUUCACGAGUGUAUUCGUUAUAAUGCUCCAUUUUCUUUUUCCUAUUGAUGUUCGUUCUUUUUGUACGUCAAUAUCAGUUGUUUCAGAUUUGCUCAAUCGUUACGAGAUGUUGCGUGACCAAAAACACCACGUGCCAAUUUUCUACGUUUUUGUUCUUGAAAGGAAAGCCGGUCAGCUGUAUUAUCCAGUAUUUAUCGUAUAUUGAGCGCUCAGGUUUGCAUGAGGUUUGUGUUUGAUCACCAGAUUAACAUCGAGUUGGGUUUCAUAUUUGAUGGAAAUGAACGAUUGAAUCUCUGAUAGCCCUAAUCUGCUCAGUCUGUUAUUUUUUCAGUUUUUCUGGUCAAAUAAACGUUAUUUUUCCUGUCCCAUACAUCUGCAGGGCUGCGUAGAAUACAGAUUUACUUUAGUUAAUGAUAAACAUUUGGUUCUUGGUAAACGGUUGGUGUCGGAGGAAUCGGAUGUGCUUUGAUACUUGAUUAGACAUGCUCAGUCGGUGAUUGUUCUGUAAAGCUGGUUACCAUUGGUUCUAGCGUAAUUAAAGCUUUAGUGUGGCUUUGGAUAGAAAAGUAAUUACUCAUUAAGUUCCAGAUCCAGAGCCAAAUGCACAAAUUCUUCCUCUGAACUAUAGGAAGAAAACCCCUUAAGAAGGACGAAUGGGGUAAGAAUAAGCAUGGAUUCAAUUUCCUUAAACGAAAUAAAGUCCUCAGUAACGUGUGUGGAGCAAAGUACUGAUGAAUCUGUGAUUGCUAAAGCUUUUCCUCAAAAUUAAAGAUGUAUUGGUUGAGAAUAAAGAGCAAGGAAGUAUGCGUUAUGCACAUUUAUUCAGCCCUAAUGCUGAAGUAGUUGUUGACAUUUGUCUAAUCAGCUCAUCAAAUUGAUUUAUAUUCACAUUCGCAGUUUAUUUAAGUCUGUGCUCAAGAAUCGACUUCUUUCCUCUUGCCUUUUUCUCUCUAGUGUUAAUAUAACCUCUUUAAGCAUGUGGGAGCGAACUCUUGUUGUAUUAAGAGUCUUUAUCUCUUAUAAAAAGGAAUGAGCAAGAAUCACAA